AUGGCUGCUGCUGUCGGUAACCAAUCCACCCCCGCGUCUAAGUACGACAACUAUGACUUCCCUACCACCGCCCCGCAGGCUCACCCAGGUCACCCUGGCCAUACAACCCCGGAGCAGGAUGCGAAGGUAGUGCAGCUCCGCAGUGAACUUGAGCAGCUGGGUUACACCGAGAGGCUGGAUACUCUGACUCUGCUGCGCUUUUUGAGAGCCCGCAAGUUCGAUGUUGCUGCAUCCAAGACCAUGUUUGUCGAAUCCGAGAAGUGGAGGAAAGAGUUCGGCACAGACUACCUUGCUGCUUCUUUCAAGUAUGAUGAGAAGCCCCAGGUUUUUAAGUACUAUCCCCAGUACUAUCACAAAACAGACAAGGACGGUAGACCUGUUUACAUUGAGAAGCUGGGUGGAAUUGACCUGAACGCCAUGUACAAGAUCACUACCAGUGAUCGCAUGCUGAAGAACCUUGUGACCGAGUACGAGAAACUCGCGGACCCCCGUCUGCCUGCUUGCUCUCGAAAGGCUGGUAAGCUCCUGGAGACCUGCUGUACUAUCAUGGACCUCAAGGGUGUUGGAAUCACCAAGGUGUCUUCCGUUUACACCUAUGUUAGCCAGGCUUCUGCCAUCUCCCAGAACUACUAUCCCGAGCGACUGGGCAAGUUGUACCUGAUUAACGCUCCUUGGGGAUUCAGUGGUGCGUUUAGCAUGGUCAAGAGCUUCCUCGACCCCGUGACUGUCGAGAAGAUCCACAUUCUUGGCUCCAAUUACCAGUCCGAGCUCCUCAAGCAGGUUCCUGCUGAAAACCUUCCCAAGGAAUUUGGAGGUACCUGUGAGUGCGCGGGAGGUUGCGAGCUCAGCGACAUGGGCCCAUGGCAGGAGUCAGAGUGGGCCAAGCCCCCCAACUGGAAGAUCCCUGAGCACGAAAAGGAUGUGAUAAAGAACGAGGCCUCGGGUCCCGAGAAGAUUGACACACAAGAGGCAUCUCAGCCCACUGCAUAG